AUGACUUCUCAGUUGACGACUUCGUCGAUUCCAGAAGAACGGAUUUGUGUUGACACUGGUGUUGUGGAGUCAGACGCGGAUGAGGGCACGGCUCCAGUGGCCCAGGUUGGACAACGAAGACAGCGAGUGAACACUGUUUGCGGUCUUACAGGUCCACAUGGUUCAACGGAAGAUCCAGCUUUGCUGUCACCUCGUCCUCAUGACCGGCGUUACGGAAGUAUGCUGUCGCUGGAUCCAGCCAAUGUGACGCCUGUUAAAUCGAUGUCGGCUGUACGACGUCAUCGUCAUGGCGAAUAUACUUCUAUCACUGAUUCGAUUUCAAUCCAAAGAGACGAUAGGAACAAGAGGCAGAGACGAUCGAUGUCCAAUGAACAUCAGGACAACCACUCAGGGGUUAUAGAGGAAGAAGAGCUAGCCGACUGCGAGCUCACUGAUGUAUUGACGGAUGGAGAAGCCCAAGAAACAGACGACGAUCGUGUUGGAGAUUUUCGGGAAAGCACCGACGGUUCCAAGAUGUAUCUCUCGUUGUCGGUGGUGAACGAGCAAGACUCUCCUCAUCCGUCGCCCCGCCCUCCAAGCAAUUCGUCUGCCCGCGGCGAUUAG